UCGCCUCCAGUCAAGGACCAGCUGCAGCCCUAUCCGGGAGCGGAGCGUGGUGGGAGGGCAGCGGGGCAGGCGACCCCAGCGAUGGCGACGGCAUCGCGGCCUCUCCCCACCAGGCGACCCCGGACGCUACUGGAUCCUCCCCCUUUCCUCUAGACUUUUCUGCAUCCUUCUCGCCCUUACUCUCCCCACCCUUCCCUGGGCUCCCCAGACCGCCUGCCUGCAGCUCACUCUGGGACCGGCCCUUCUCGGCUUCCCUCUUCCCUAGGGAGAUGCGAUGAGCCGGUGCCCCCGCGUCCUCCUCGCCGCCCCGGGCACGCUGCCUGUCCAGUGCCCGUGGUGGGGAGGGAGGACCUUGCGGUCCCUCCGUGACGCCCCUCCCUUAGGCCCCCCCUCAGCUGGCGUCCCUGGGCCAUGGCCCAGGGGACCCAGCCAGGGGGUGGGCUCUAGAACAAGGGGCGUGGAGAGGAGAAAGGACGCGGCCUUGGGCGCCUCUGAGAUGCUCCCAAGCGCCUGGUGGAGCCGAGCGAGGCGCAGGCAUCCGGGCGGCAGGCAUGAUGCCCUCGCCUAGUGACUCCAGCCGCUCACUGACAAGCCGGCCCAGCACUCGGGGCCUAACCCACCUUGGCCUCCAGCGGCCCUGGCUGCAGGCCCUGCUUACGCUGGGGCUGGCCCAGGUGCUCCUGGGCAUCCUGGUGGUCACCUUCAGCAUGGUGGCCUCCUCCGUCACCAUCACCGAGAGCAUCAAGAGGUCCUGCCCAUCUUGGGCUGGGUUCUCGCUGGCGUUCUCCGGGGUGGUUGGCAUCGUGUCCUGGAAGCGGCCAUUCACUCUAGUGAUCUCCUUCUUCUCCUUGCUUUCGGUGCUCUGUGUCAUGCUCAGCAUGGCGGGCUCUGUUCUCUCCUGUAAGAACGCCCAGCUGGCCCGAGACUUCCAACAGUGCACUGAGGACGAUGGGAAGGUCUGUGUGUGCUGUCCCUCUGACCCCCUGGUCCGGCCCUGUCCUGAUUCAGGGCAGGAACUGAGAGUGGCCCCAAACUCCACCUGUGAAGAAGCCCGAGGGGCUCUCAAGAACCUGCUGUUCAGCGUCUGUGGGCUCACUAUCUGUGCUGCCAUCAUCUGCACCCUCUCUGCGAUUGUCUGCUGCGUCCAGAUCUUCUCCUUGGACCUUGUACACACGCAGCUGGCCCCGGAACGCUCCGCCUCUGGCCCCCUGGGGUCCUUGGCUUGCACAGCCUCACCCCCAGCCCCUCUCCUACACACCAUGCUGGACUUGGAGGAGUUUGUACCGCCUGUGCCCCCACCCCCCUACUACCCCCCAGAGUACACCUGCAGCUCAGAAACUGAUGCACAGAGCAUCACCUACAACGGCUCCAUGGACAGUCCCAUGCCCUUGUACCCUACAGACUGUCCCCCAUCCUACGAGGCCGUCAUGGGGCUCCGAGGAGACAGCCAGGCCACCCUGUUUGAUCCUCAGCUGCAUGAUGGGUCCUGCCUCUGCGAGCGAGUGGCCUCCAUUGUAGAUGUGUCCAUGGACAGCGGCUCUCUGGUGCUGUCUGCUAUCGGUGACCUCCCCGGGGGCUCCAGCCCAUCCGAGGACUCGUGCCUGCUGGAGCUGCAAGGCUCAGUGCGCUCCGUUGACUACGUGCUCUUCCGCUCCAUCCAGCGCAGCCGCGCCGGCUACUGCCUCAGCCUGGACUGCGGCCUGCGGGGCCCCUUUGAGGACAGUCCCCUGCCCCGGCGGCCCCCGAGGGCCGCCCGCUCCUAUUCCUGCUCUGCUCCCGAGGGCCCGCCUCCUCUGGGCGCACCCACAGCUGCCCGCAGCUGCCACCGUCUGGAGGGCUGGCCUCCCUGGGUGGGCCCCUGCUUCCCGGAGUUGAGGCGGCGGGCACCCAGGGGAGGCGGCCGUCCUGCAGUAGCCUCAACAGCCGUGACAGCAUCAAUAGCGGCAGCGGCGGUGCCCCCCACGCGAGCUCCCACCCGGCGCUUCAGCGACAGCUCAGGUUCCCUCACCCCACCGGGGCACCGGCCACCUCAUCCGGCUCCCCCAUCACCGCUGCUGCUACCGCGGUCCCACAGCGACCCGGGCAUCACCACCUCCAGCGACACUGCUGACUUCAGGGACCUCUAUACCAAAGUGCUCGAGGAAGAAGCUGCUUCUGUUUCCUCUGCAGAUACAGGGCUCUGCUCCGAAGCCUGCCUCUUCCGCCUCGCCCGCUGCCCUUCUCCCAAGUUGCUACGUGCCCGCUCAGCUGAGAAACGACGCCCUGUACCCACCUUCCAGAAAGUUCCACUGCCCUCAGGUCCUGCACCUGCCCACUCCCUGGGGGAUUUGAAGGGCAGCUGGCCAGGCCGCGCCUUGGUCACUCGUUUCCUCCAGAUGUCCAGAAAGGCCCCAGACUCCACUGGGACUGGAGCCCAUGGACCUACUAAGCAGGUGCCCAGGAGCUCCUGGGGCCGCCCAGGCCGCGAGAGCCUGCACCUGCGCAGCUGUGGUGAUCUCAGCUAUGGCUCCUCCCUGCGGCGCCUCCUGUCUGGCCGCAGGCUGGAGCGUGGUGCCCGUCCCCACAGCCUGAGUCUCAAUGGUGGCAGUCGGGAGUCUGGGCUCUGACCCGAGCUUCCUGUCACUCUAAACAGGCCCAGGUGAUUGAUUGCUGGGGGCCACCAGGCACCAGCAGCCUCCAUGCCCUCUUGCACUGGCUAGCACAAAAAUCUGCUGUAUACCACGCCACCACCACCACCAAAAGGUCCCUUUUCCUGCACCCUUUGGGAGCUCCUGCUGCUUGCCUCUGCCCCUCUGGACUGGGGGUUUGGGACCAGGGUGGGCUGUGUGCAGAUUGGGGCUGUGGGAUGUGGGGGUGGGAAAGAAGGCAGGUGCCCUUGUUUACAGCACUGCAGGAGGGAAAUGCAAACUCCGGUCCUUGCAGUCUGGGUGUGGCCCUUUGAGAUGAACAGGCGCACUCUAGCCUCUGUGGUGAAGGGUAGGGUGGGUAUGCCCAUAGGACAGGGUGGUGAGGCAGGCCUAGGGAGGCUGACAUCUGGGCGGCCUCUCUGCCCCCUCUAGCUGCAUGAACUCAGGCAAGUUAUUUAACCUCAAUUGCCUAAUCCGUAAAACAUGGUGAAGAUGAAUGUUUGUAAAGCUCUUACCUCCUAAAUAAGCCUUCAAUAAAUUUCAACUUUCCCCUUC